AUGUCGAAAGUGAAGCAAGAGCGGAAGAAGGUCGCUCAACUUCAAGAAAUCGAAAAAACGAUUCAGGAGUUGUGGGAGAGCAAGAAGGCGUUCGAAUCGGAUGCCAGAGAUGACAACAAACCCAAGUACCUUGUCACCUUCCCAUUCCCAUACAUGAACGGACGUAUGCAUUUGGGACACACAUUCUCAGCGUCAAAAUGCGAAUUCGCCGCCGGUUUCCAACGUCUUCAGGGCAAACAAGUCCUCUUCCCAUUCGGUUUCCAUUGUACUGGAAUGCCAAUCAAGGCUUGUGCUGAUAAGCUGAAAAGGGAAAUGGAGGAUUUCGGAUAUCCACCGAAAUUUCCAGAAGACGUGGAGGUUGAAGUCAAGGAGGAGGUCUCGGCUCUCGAUGAGCUCAUGAAGGAUAAGAGUAAGGGAAAGAAGAGUAAGCUGGUGGCGAAGACUGGCAACGCCAAGUACCAGUGGCAGAUUAUGAAGUCGUUGGGGUUGGACGAUGAGGAGAUUCGGAAGUUUGCGGAUCCAAAUCACUGGUUGUACUACUUUCCACCGCAUUGUAUGGCGGAUUUGAAGAAGAUGGGAUUGAAGGCCGAUUGGCGUCGCGCGUUCAUCACCACCGACGUCAACCCCUACUUCGAUUCAUUCGUCCGCUGGCAAUUCAACCUCCUUCGUGCCGCCAAAAAGAUCGAUUUCGGAAAACGCUAUACGAUCUACUCGCCAAAAGACGGCCAACCAUGCAUGGAUCACGAUCGUGCCAGUGGGGAAGGAGUCGGACCACAAGAGUACACUAUGAUCAAGCUGAAGGUCCUGGAUCCAAAGCCAGCGGCAUUGGCUCAUAUUAAAGAGGACAUUUUCUUGGUGGCAGCCACUUUGAGACCAGAAACAAUGUACGGACAGACCAAUUGCUAUCUCCAUCCGGAUAUUCAAUACUCUGUGUUCUAUGCGACAGAAGCUGAGAACCAAGUCUUUGUCGCUACCGCUAGAUCCGCUAGAAUCAUGUCUUAUCAAGGGCUUACCAAGGUUAACGGAGUUGUUCGCUAUGUUCCAGGCCUUGAGAAGAUCUCCGGGUCCAAGAUCCUUGGAGCUGCUCUCUCAGCCCCUCUUGCCAAGUACACCAAAGUCUAUGCUCUUCCAAUGCUCACUAUCAAGGAUGAUAAGGGAACUGGAGUGGUUACCUCCGUGCCUUCAGACUCUCCAGAUGACUUUGCGGCCCUGUCAGAUCUCAAGAAGAAGAAGCCGUUGAGAGAGAAGUAUGGAUUGACUGAUGAGAUGGUUUUGCCGUUUGAUCCAACUCCGAUCAUUAGAAUUGAGGGAUUGGGAGAUUUGGCUGCCGUCGAGAUGUGUGCAAGACUAAAAAUCGAGUCGCAAAACGAGAAGGACAAAUUGGAAGAGGCCAAGAAGGAGGUGUACUUGAAGGGAUUCUACGAUGGAGUCAUGUUGAUUGGAAAGUACGCUGGCAAGAAGACCGCCGACGUUAAGAAGGUGAUCCAGGACGAUUUGAUUGCCGAGGGUCUCGCCACGAAAUACGUGGAACCGGAGAAAAAAGUGGUGAGCCGAUCUGGAGACGAGUGCGUUGUCGCUCUGUGCGAUCAGUGGUAUUUGAACUAUGGAGAGCUGGAGUGGAAGGCGGCUGCGAAGAAGGUUCUGGAGCCAAUGAGGACUUUCAAUGAUGAGACUCGCCGUGGGCUGGAAACCACAGUCGAUUGGCUGCACGAGUACGCGUGCUCUCGUAGCUACGGGCUCGGCACCAAACUCCCAUGGGACACUCAAUACCUCAUUGAAUCCCUCUCCGACUCCACCAUCUACAACGCCUACUACACUGUAUCCCACCUCCUCCAACAAGGAGCCUUCGAUGGAUCCGUAGUCGGCCCAGCUGGAAUUAAGGCUGAGCAAAUGACAGAUGCCGCGUGGAGCUAUGUAUUCCUUGGAGAGGUUUAUGACUCCAAAACGAUGCCUGUAGAGGAGGAGAAGCUGAAGAAGCUCCGAAAAGAGUUCAUGUACUGGUACCCGAUUGAUAUGCGUGCUUCUGGAAAGGAUCUCGUUGGAAAUCACUUGACCUAUUUGCUCUUCAAUCAUGCUGCUAUCUGGCCAGAGGACUCUUCCAAGUGGCCAAAGGGAAUCAGAGCCAAUGGACAUUUGUUGCUGAAUAAUGAGAAGAUGUCAAAGUCGACUGGAAACUUUAUGACUCUUGAGGAAGCUAUUGAGAAAUUCAGUGCCGAUGGAAUGAGAUUGAGCUUGGCGGAUGCUGGAGAUGGAUUGGAAGAUGCUAACUUUGUGUAUGCUAUGGCUGAUGCGGCGAUUCUGAGACUGUUCACAAUGAUCGAAUGGAUCAAGGAGAUGAUCGAGCAACGUGGAAGUCUCCGCAAAGAUUCUUCCCGGUUUGCCGAUAGAGUUUUCGCUAACGAAAUGAAUUCUCUUAUCAAAAUCACUGAGCAAAACUAUGAAGCCACCAACUUCAAGGAAGCUUUGAAAACGGGAUUCUUCGAGUACCAAGCCAUCCGGGACACCUAUCGAGAGCUCUGCGCAGGUAUCGAUGAGCCAAUGAGCGAAGCCCUCGUCUUCCGUUUCAUCGAGACUCAGAUGAUUAUUCUUUCUCCAAUCUGCCCACAUAUCGCUGAGUACAUCUGGCAGUUGCUCGGGAAGGAUGGGCUCAUUAUUGAUGCUCCAUGGCCCGCUACUGAUGAGGUGGAUGAGAAGCUGGCAUUGGGUGCCAGAUUUAUCACAGAGAGUAUGGCAGAGUUCCGAGCUAGAUUGAAGACUUAUUUGACACCGAAGAAGAAGGUGACAAAGGAAUUGCUCCAGAUUCCGACUGAAGCUGUGAUCUACGUGGCGAAGCAAUUCCCACCAUGGCAGAAGACGAUUUUGGAUAUCCUUGAGAGUCAAGCAAAAGCUAACAAUGGAUCUCUCCCGGACAACAAGACCAUCAGUCAGCUAAUCGGCAAGGAGGAAUCGUUGAAGAAGUUCGCGAAGAAGGCAAUGCCAUUCGUUCAGAUGAUCAAGGAGAGAUUUGAGCAGAAGGGAGUAUCAGCGUUGUCUUCGACUAGCCCCAUCGACCAAACUGCGAUUCUUAAUGAGAAUAUCGAUGUUAUUAUGAAUGCGUUGGAUUUGGAUCGGGUGUCUAUUCGUCAUACAGAUGAGGAGGGUGUGGAUGCGAAUGUUGUGGAGACGACGGUUCCAUUGGUGCCGUGUAUGAGCUUCUUGCCGAAUAGGCCAUCCGUCAACCUCAUCGCCCGAAACGUUCAAAUCUGCAAUGGAAUGUUCGACGUCGUCGUGCCGAUCGUCGAUGGUGACACCGUUCAGAUGAUCGUCAGAAAGUUGCGUCGCAUCAGCAAGGCUAUCAAACCAAAAUUCGAGGUGACCCUCUGGAGAUACAAGGACGCCGUCUGGGGAGACCGUAAAGUGAUCUCUUGCAAUGCUCCAUUCGAGGAGAACAUCCAGUUGGACGAUUCUAACGUUUUCCAUCUAGAAGCCGAGGACAAGAUCACUUUGACGACUUCUGAUGGCCAGAAGGUCGACGUCGGACGUACCAUCGUCUAUAAGGCCAAUGUUCCGGAGCAGCAAUAA